GUGACGCGCAGCUUUGUGCAGCUGCAGCUGGAAGUCAUCCAGCGCGUGGACCCGCAGGAAGUUUUCAAGUUGAAGAUUUUUUUUUCGUGGAAGUUUCGGGAAACCCCAACGAUCCGAGUCCCCCAGAACAAUGGCAGAUAAAGAACUUGACAGAGUCAGACCUCAAUUUGUGAACAAGGUGACUAAAGAGGUGAUCAAUCAACUCCUGGACGGCCUUUUGCAUGAUGGUGUGUUGAACGAAGAGGAGAAGGAUGCAGUAGUUGAAGAGAAUGACAGCAGAGCGGCUAAAGCACGCUGUCUCAUCGACAAGGUGAAGAGGAAAGGAUCUGAAGCCAGCAGCAAGAUGAUCGCUCACCUGAAAAGUGUGGAUAAAACACUGUACUGUGAGUUGGGUCUGUCCAACGCCCAGCCUGCUCAGCCAGCUGCAGCAGGCCUGGUGGCUCAGAGUGCAUCAACUCCUUCAGUCUCCAGCGUGGAAGAGUUCUGGAAGUCCAAAAAGGACCAUCCAGAGGUCUACCCUGUGACCCAAACUUCUAUGAAGAACCGCGUAGCCCUGCUGAUCACUAAUAUCAAGUUUUCUAAUGGAUCAAUGAACAGAAGGGGAGCAGAGAAAGACGAGGAGAACAUGGAGAAACUGCUUUAUAAUCUGGGAUAUGAGGUGGUGAAAUACACAAACCUCACUGGAAAGGCUAUUGAUGAGGCUUUAAUUGACUUCACGAAACAUCCCAAACUAAAACACACUGACAGCGUGUUUGUGGUUAUCAUGUCUCAUGGGAUGCUGGGGAAAAUUCUUGGAGUUGACUGGAAAGCGGACAAACCAGAUGAAUUUCCAAUCAACGACAUUUUCAAACACUUGGGCUCCGAGAGCUGUCCAGAGCUAAUAGAUAAACCAAAAGUCAUCAUCAUACAGGCCUGCAGAGGAGAACAUAGCGGAAGCGUUCUGGUCAGCGACAGUCCAAACGCAGCGGAUCAUGUUCCACAACCUGAGGAUCUGGAAGAAGACAAGCUUCAAUUUGUUCACAAAGAGAAAAACUUCAUUUCUCUUCUUUCCUGCACACCUGACACUGUGUCGUACAGACGACCAGAUCGUGGGUCUCUCCUCAUCCAAUACAUUGUGGAGGUUUUCACCCCAGAGUCGUAUCAGGAACACAUUUAUGAUCUUUUCACGAAGGUCAUGCAGCGCGUUGAACAGUUUAGGAUGGAUGAGAAACUACAGAUGCCAACAAUUGACAGAUGCACGCUGACAAAGAGCUUCUACGUCUUUCAAGGCCUCCUGCACAACGAUCAUUGAUGCCACACGUCUUAGUGUGAUGUGAUGCAGCACUAUUUGUACUUUUUGUACUUUUGUACUUUUUAUUUGAGCUAAGUGCUCGUACCGGCUCGUUUGAGCAACCAGCCAACCAAUUAAUUAGCCAGUAUGAACUUGUUCUCCUGUUAAUCUAGAGCAGAGUGACCAAAGGGUUUAUGAUUCUGUGUAAUAAUCAUUGUGGACGUUGAGUUAUGCCAGUGGCGGCUCCAGAAAGUGUUUUGCUGUAGGAUGGGGCUAAGCAUUUUUCUAAAGGUGCUAUGAAGGACAAUUGGUUCUUAGAGUUCUCAACACACAGAGAAGCAAACACAAAGACAACAGUUACCGAUAAAGAUGACUGAAUAUGUGGCAUAAACUGAAGUAUAUUUAGGGCAUUGCUGAGAAAUGUAUAAUGAUAAAAACGUAUAACGUAUAAGUCGAUGUCGAUAAUUGUUCAUUAACUUGCUGUUUCCAAUAUCUGAAGUGCUGCCAAACUGGUGAUGUAAUCAUUUCAGUUUUAUCCACAGUUUCUCCUUAAGGUGUUGAUUUUCAUCCUCUGAAAUUUGGGUAAUAAAAAAUGAUCCAUUUUCA